CGCAGCGGAAAAUUGUCGGCUUGUCGGUCUAGUGUACAAUCGUGGAAGCCAUAACAAAACUCUAAUUGGUGAAAAUCCCAUUUUAUUUUCGUGAACUUGUCCCCCCCCCCCCCCUUUUCAAAAUUUAAAAUUCUCACGUCGAGUAAAUCAAAAAACAAAAAUUAAUCGAUUUUCGUUCAUUCCCAAACUCACCAGCUAAUCGAGAGGCUCAAAUAGCGUUUUGCUCAAUUGAACACGAUUUCAGUAUGAAGUUCGAUGUCUCUUCGUCGUGCCAAUUUGUUGUCCAACUCCUCCAAUUUUGCAAUGUUUUUAUUCUUCUCGCGGUUAUGGCCAUCACCUCAUGCGGAAAGAAAAAAGCAUCAAAUAGCAAGGAAAUGAGCAAAAAGAGUAUGCAAACCGGCCCUGGAACAGCCACCGAAGCCGGAGCUGCUUCUUCGUUAGCACCGGUCGACCCGACAAAGCUCGCCACACCUGGACCAGCGGCGCCGAAAAAGGAAGAAGCUCCGCCUCCAGAGAAGCCCAAGAAAGAGGAGAAGCCAAAGGAAAAAUCGAAGAAGUCGGCGAAAUCGAAGAAAUCGAGCAAGUCCAAGAAAGACAAGAAGGAUGGAGAGGAUGAGAAUGGAUAUGAAAACUGCCAGGACAUGACUCCGGAUCAGUUGAAGAAGAUUGCCGAGCAGGCAGAUGAAAAGAAAUGAUACUUUUUGAUAGGAAAUAAAGAAUCGAGAAAA